AUGGCGGAUGACGAGAGCACGCCUUUACUGCGAAAUGAUCCCAAGCCACCAAAACCCAGAGCUGCGUUUUCGGCAGAGAACAAUGUACUAUUGGCUGGUUUCCUUAUUUCUGUCGCCCUGAGUUUUACUCAAGUACCCAUUCUUUAUGUUUUCCGUCUUAUGGAAUGUGACGAGUUUUACGGACACCAUGACACCGGCGGCUUGCUAGGCGACCGUUGCAGUCGCAGCGAGAUCGACGCAGGUACCGCGACGCAAGUCUCUAUUCUUGGCCUUUCGACGAUGUUCUGCAGUGUGUUCAAUCUUUUCUACGCCGGUUCGCAGAUUAAGAACUGGGGUCCAAAAGUUGCACUUGUCCUGCAGACCGCAUUUCCUGCUUUACGAGUUGGAAUUCAGGUUGUCGGAGUCUCAGUUGGCACCAGGAGUGGAAUCAUCAUCGUUCAGUGUAGCCAACUGAUCAGCUUGGUUGGGGGAAUGUCCGGAUACUUGCUCGUACUCAACACAAUUGCAGGAGAGAUUACUCCCCCCUCUGAAAGAACCGCUAUAUUCGGCAUGCUCCAGGGCAGUGUCAUGUUAGGAACAUCGAUCGGAUAUCUCCUCGGCGGUAUUGUUGGCGACAUCUGGGGUAUUACACGACCCUUUGAAAUUGCAACCAUCUUAUUCGCAUCGUCAAGCUUGUACUCGUCCAUGUUCAUCCCAUACAUCGACCCAAGAACACCUGGUAUUGCUGGCGGCACAUCUACCAAGCGACAAGGGUGGAGCAGAUGGCUUGGAGCUUUGAGAGUUAUUGCCCCAAAAAGGCUUCGACUGGAGGAUGGACGACCUACCAAACACUACGGUAUCGCAUUCCUGGCUUUGGGCGUGUUCUUGGGUGUCUUGGCAACUGGCUAUGCGCCGAUUCUUAUCCAGCUCUACUCUACGGCGGCUUUCAACUUCUUGCCCACGGAAAACAGCUACCUGAUGGCGUCCAACUCGCUCAUACGCGGUGUUUUUCUUAUUUUCUUAUUUCCUAAAAUUAUCGAUUCCGGGCGAAAGUGGUACAUUGAGCGGUCCGAAAAGGAACUCCCGAGUGAAGUCUUUAGAGCUCAAGUCGUAGUGGACACAGAAGCAGGUGUCACGGCGGACAUGCAACCUAAACCAAAUAACCCGAGUGAAGCAACUGUCUUCCAAAGCGUUCCCGGUCAUGGGUUUGAUAUUUCUUUCUUGCGAUGGAGCUUAGUAGUGGAUGGGCUGCUCACAGCCUCAACUGCAUUCGCAACCAAAGGAUGGCACAUCUAUCUUGGACUACCAGCCGGGUUAUUAUUCCCUCUGGCGUCUGGAUCCGCACCAGCCAGCAAAGGCGUCAUCACGGAGAUGUGUGAACCGUCUGAACGGGCGGAUGCCCUGCAAGCUAUGACCCUCGUUGAAAACAUCGCCAUGCUAUCAACUCUGGGCUUGUUUGGUUUCAUCUUCUCAAGCUUCGCUGCAAUUGAGAAGACAUAUCUAACCUUCUUUUGUAACGCGGUAUGCUUCUUUUGUAACCUCUGCUUGGGGAUGUGUUUCGGGGCUGACAACAUUACAGGGGGUUGCAAUGGCAGCGGUGGCUGUGUUGCUGUUGUCUACUUUCCCUCCUCGGAAUAG